AAUGCAAGGGGUUAUGCCAGCAACCCAGCCAAGAUCAAAGCUGCUUUCAGCCAUGACUUCACAUACAUUGUUAGUGGUUCGGAGGACAAAUAUGUUUACAUCUGGAGCACCUACCAUGAUUUGAGCAAGUUUACAUCUGUGAGGCGGGACCGGAACGACUUCUGGGAGGGUGUCAAAGCACAUAAUGCAGUUGUGACAUCAGCAAUUUUUGCCCCAAAUCCCAGUUUGAUGGUAUCAGCAGAAACAUCUGAAAAACAAGAAUCCGAAAGCAAAAGCGAUGAUUUGGAAGCAGCCGAUACCAUCCCUUCUGGGGCUUUGAAGACGGAUCACACAGAAGUUCUUCUUUCAGCUGAUUUUACUGGAGCAAUCAAAGUCUUCAUUAACAAAAAGAAAAAUGUAUCUUAAAAGCAUUGGUAACUUGAAAGUUUAAUAAUGGUACCUGGGUGUGAAUCAUGUGAUCAGUGAAGCAAAGUAUAAUAUCGUGUUGGAGGCCGACCUUUUUUUAAAAAAGAGAGAAAAAACCUUCAGUUUUAAAGCUGCUCCACUGAUCUCUUGGCAAAGCAGCAUUCCAGACUAUUGACUCCCCUGGCUUGUAGAAUAGAAAGGGAUAUGGUCAAGUAACCUUCCCAAUCAACUUGUCAGCAUUCUGUUUUCUGAAUAAUCCUUUUGCUAAAUAAUUGUUGCCGUGUGCCAGAUUGAGCAAAACAAGGGCAAGUGGAUUCACACAUGUAUGUGCCUUUGGGGGGAUAGGGUGGGGAGCGUGACAUAAACUGAAUAUAGGCAACAUAUAGUUUAAUUUAUUGAGCCAUGCUCGGGAAAGGGGGCCAGGAAUUUAAUAUUUUGUUAAGGAAGCUAAGCUGGUCUAGGAUAGUAGAUGAGGUUUCCCCCAGAAUCCCAUUUCAGAUGAAACUUAAUCUAUUUUGAAUUUGUGUUUUAACGGAGCUAAAAUCCCAUGGCUGGAUCCUUUCUAUUUUGUGAAGUGUUUUCCACCCCCAAUCCCACCCCCCUUUGGAUGGGCCAGCAGCAGCUGCGUGUCAAUGUUUUAUAAUGUGGAAUUCUUUUUUGUUGUCUUCUAAUUAUUGUGGACUCUAGAUUCCUUUCUUAAUAUAUUAUUUCUUUUGCACACUGGAGCACAAUAUUUCUAUGAAAGAGUCUCUCAUUCCUUAUUCACGGGCACUGGAUUAUGCUCACCUUAAAAAAAUAAUAAUUAAGCUGCGUUAGAAACAAUUCUUAUAUUUUACAACAAUGUAAAAUAAAAACUGUUUACAUAUUUUUUUAAGCAUUGUAGUUUAAAAUGUUUUGGGUUUUUUUUGUUUUAUUUAGAGCUAACUGAAUUUAAAAGUCUUUGUAAAUAUUCGUACAACGUACCAAUGAAACAACAUUUUGGGGCACUGGAACUCACAAAACGUUGUUGAUGGUUUCUCUUGUUUCAGAGGACAAAAGAUGUAUCAUUAAAAUUGGUCACGCUGAAAAAA